CUAUCCGGGGUCUCUCUCACGGAGUAUCCCGGUCCUGGAGCAGCACGAUCCGGGGCUCAACACAAAGGGAGACUUGAACAGACUGUGUUAGCCCGGAGGGACACAAGAGCCGGACUGGAGCUGGAGAGGAAGACUCGCAACCGGAGGAACAUAAAACAGGGACCGGACGCCUAAAGGAGGACCCGGAGCCUGUAGGACGCCACCUACAGGGUGGCGGAAGAGCUCCAGGACUCCAGAGCAGACUUAACAACAUGUCGGCCUCACUGAGAGAGAAACCUCUGCUGCUGUGUCCUGGCGGAAAGGAGGACUUUGUCCGGGUGAGGAGGAGAGAUCUGGAGAGACUGAGCACGGAGGUGAUGCAACUCAGAGAGUUUCUGCCCAAAGUGGUGAACAAGGAGCUGAUGGAGCUGCUGCACCGAGCUCAGAGCACUCACACAGUGCAGGAGAAGCUGCAACAGGAGUGUGUUCACCUGCAGUCCCGCCUGGACGCUCAGCAGACACAGUGUCAGAGGGAGAGAGAGGAGAAGCUGCUGCUGCGGGAGCAGCUGUGGCAGAGCGGCGUGGAACUCCAACAGCAGGCAGAUUUCUGCUCCACUCUGGGAUCUGCAGCCUGCGGUCUGCUGUGGAGCUGCUCAGCUCAGGAGUACACUGUGUCUUUGUGGGUGGCUGACGGGAAGCUGCCCUCCUUCCUCACUGUGGCUGCUCAGACUCUGGAAAGCUUUGUACGCUCACUGGAUGAGGAGACGAAGACUCAGACCGAGGACCCGAGCUCUCAGGAGCACCAGUUUGUGUUGGCCCUGGCAGGGAGCAUCACCAACAUAGCCGCAGUCACAUGUGGGCGGGAUUUCCUGGCCAGCUCGGCUCACGUCCUUUUGGACACUCUGCUGAAACUUCUGGAGCUGAUGAAACCAGGAGUGUUCCCCAAACUCAAAGUGCUGAUGCUCAUGUGUCUCUACAACGUGAGCAUCAAUGUUGAUGGGCUGAAGUACAUCAGUGAGAACCAGAGCCUACUUCCUGUCAUCUGGACCCUUCUGGAAGACGGGCACUGGGAGGUAGGCCUCCACUCCCUGCGCCUCCUUCAAUCGGUCCUCCUGGAUGAACAGGUGGUCCUCCAGCUGAGCUCGGCCCUGCUGGAUCCGGACCUCCGAGCUCGUGUGGACCGCCUCUCGUCCAGCGCUCAGCCUAACCUGAGAGCGGCCGCCCAGCAGGCCCUGGAGGACCUGCAGCAGGUACGCCGCCUGCGCCCUGAGACCACUUGA